CAAACUUCCGCUUGCGUCUGCCGCUGUACACGUUGGAACCUGGUGAAAAUCGGACUUAUUACGGUGCCAAAGUGGCCUUAUUUAUUUAAUGCGUGUUCUUGCUCGUCUAUACGUCACACUAUGUGCUCCAUGCGAAUGCUUAUAGCUUUUGUGGCCAUCGUACAGACUGCGUCUGGUGUAGAGCUGACUUUUGAGCUGCCGGACAACUCCAAACAGUGCUUUCACGAGGACAUCGAGGCUAACAAACAGACCACGGUGGAAUUUCAGGUGGUCACAGGCGGCCACUACGAUGUGGACAUGACGCUGAAGGGGCCGAAUGAUGAGACACUGUACCAGGGUGUGAAAAAGCAGUUUGACACGGUCAAGAUCAUGCCCAAGACGACGGGCACGUACACAGCCUGCUUCUCAAAUGAGUUCUCCACCUUCUCGCACAAGAUGGUCUACAUGAACUUCCAGGUGGGCGAGGAGAAGCCCUUGCCGGGACUCGGCGAACACUACACGGCCAUGACCAAGAUGGAGUCUUCGUCCGACAAUAUGCACAGCAACCUGAACACCAUAGUGGACUACCAGACGCACCACCGGCUGCGCGAGGCACAGGGCCGCAAGCGUGCCGAGGACCUGAAUGCACGAGUGCUUUACUGGUCGAUCGGUGAAACUGUAGCCAUGCUGGUCAUCUUCAUCGGACAAGUCUUUGUACUCAAGGGCUUCUUCACAGAGCGCAAAACCAUCGUGUCCACGUAAAACUGCUCCCCGGGCCCUUCCUGCCUCACUGUUGCCAGCCACAAUCCGCCCUUUUCUGACUGAGCCGCCUUCGUUUUGCCCAUUUCCCUGUUUCUUUUAUUUCUUUUCGUUUUUUUUUUAUUCACUGGGAUAAUACAGCACAUUGCUGGUUGCUCGAUCACAGGGCACCGGGAACUGUACGUGGUAGAAGGCGAUGUCAAGGUGAUACCUACACACAUCUGAUGGAACUGGGGGGGUGUGGUUGGAACUUAGUCAUUGCACAGUUUUCAGCCAUGCGUUGAUUUGAAGUGAGCAUUCCAGGAAUGCCGAUUACGAAUUGACAGCAUUGCACAGCUCUCAUUGAAGUCGAUGGUUUUACGAUCAAUCGUUGCACAGCCUCAUUGAAGGGUGCAGCAAAGAGCAAGCAUAAUCUCAGUCCUUUCUUCUUUUUUUUUUGUCUUCCUUUUUUCUUUAUUGUGGACCCAGGGGCCCUUGGAAGGCACAGGGUAUUAGACAGCUAAUGUUGACAGAUUGGUUAGGGAAGGAAAGCUGCGAGGCAUUUAUCUUGUGUUACAUGAUUCUGAAGCACUCUCUGUCAUCGCUACCGCUCAACAUGUGCUGCUAGUGAGGUGUGGACCAUCGGAGAACAUGUUAAGCAGUGUGACAGUGGCAGAAGCUGAUCUGUGAGGCUUAGAUAAAUGAGCCACAUUUCAGUAAAGGUUACCCAAAAGGGCUCAUUGCUAAAGGGUGUUCACUAAGAAACUUGCUUGUCUGGUAAGCAUCACAAUCAUGUCCCUGUAUGACUGUUGAAUAGGACAUUUAAUUUUUAAUGUAAUGAAACCAGUAAGGCAAGUAGGAACUUAAAACAAUUGUGCCCUUGGUGUAUGUACAAUGAAUGAUACGAAAUUCAUUAAAAAGCAAUGCAACUUCAUAAGAAGCCAACAGACCAGGUUGAGCCCACUAGCAUCUUGUGUGGAAAAUUAUGCUUACCUAAUUCAUAGGACGUCCCCAAGGCAGAUGUAAUGCUCUCAGCAGCCAAGUGCUUGCUGUUAUGUCUUUGUGGAUGUGGCAAAUCCAUGGUGCAAGCUUCUGCUAUGUAGGGCUGUGGAUAUUCUCAAAGGAAGCAGGGUGGCCCAGAGCCUAUGUUGUCUCAAUGAAUACUGUCUGAGGAAAAUUUGUUACUGAAAGAGUGCACAGACAGAAAUUUAGAAAGUAACGAACCAUACUUGAAGCGCAAAAUUUUCCACUCAUUUUCAUCAUGAUUGAAUGUCCUUGAGAAGGUAUGCACCUUAUUGUUGUGUCCCUGUAUCCAUGCCCAUCCCAGUGCUUUUCACAGAGCAGUCAUGAUUGGUAUCUCCUCACACUAGCUUGAUGUCCCUUAUGCCAUGCCAUGUAAAUAUCUUUAUAUGAUAAUUCAUAGCAAAGAGUUGUACAUCUUGGUGUGAUGAACCGAUGAGCUGAAGAACGGAAUUUAGAAGUUAAUAUUUUUAAGAGCACCUAUUCUAAGGCCAGUAGUUAUCCAUCGUAGUGAAGCGUGGGAAAACAGCUUUUUUUCUUUCUUUUUUGUGAUCUGGAGACCGCGUCGCAAUUGGAGAGUGACCAAUAAAGGGAGCACUUGCACUACGAAAA